AGAACCUCCACCUGUAGACAUCAUGUGCUUCAACUCCUACAGAAACUCAUGUGGUAGCUGCAGCUAUGGCAGUAGCUAUGGUUCUCGAUAUGGCUGUGGGUACGGCUCUGGAUAUGGCUGUGGUUGUGGCUAUGGCUCUGGCUCUGGCUCUGGCUGCGGCUAUGGCUGUGGCUAUGGUUCCAGAUAUGGCUGUGGAUAUGGGUCUGGCUAUGGCUGUGGCUGCUAUACUUACCAACCAUUUUGCUACAGAAGAUGUUAUUCCUCUUGCUGCUAG